AUGUCCAAGAUUUUCAAGACCGAAGCAGAGAUCACCACCUUUGGUGGAAAGCUGCUCAAACUCUCGCAUGCCUCCAAGGAGACCAAGACCAACAUGGAUGUUAAUGUGUAUCUCCCUGCCCAAUUUUUUCAGUCGCAAGCCAAAAAACUACCGGUUUUACUGUAUCUGUCUGGAUUGACUUGCACACCCAACAAUGCCUCCGAAAAGGCCUUUUGGCAGCCAUACAGCAACGAGUACGGCUUUGCAGUGGUCUUCCCAGACACCUCACCAAGAGGUGCAGGAAUAGAGGGAGAAGACGAUUCGUGGGAUUUUGGCACUGGUGCUGGCUUCUACGUUGAUGCUGAGACUGAAAAGUGGAAGGAGAACUACAGAAUGUACUCUUAUGUGCUUAAAGAACUGUUGCCCUCAUUGGCCUCGGACUUUGAAGGACUUGAUUUCGGCAAUAUUUCCAUCACCGGCCACUCUAUGGGCGGCUACGGGGCACUCUCGAUGUUCCUGCAAAAUCCUGGAAAGUUCAAGUCGGUUUCUGCGUUUUCACCUAUCUCGAACCCUUCCAAUUGUCCAUGGGGAGAGAAGAACUUUGGCAACUACCUGGGUCCAGAUAAGGCCAAAUGGGCCAAAUAUGAUCCCUCCGAGUUAAUCUCCAAGUAUAAUGGUCCAGUUCCUAAGGAGGGGAUCUUGAUCCACACGGGUCUCGCCGAUAACUUCUACAAGGCCAAACAACUUCUUCCAGAGAAUUUGGUUGCUGCUUCCAAGGGCACCAAGUUCGAUGGACUGGUCAAGUUGAACCUUGUAGAGGGAUAUGACCAUUCGUAUUACUUCAUCAGUUCUUUUACGAAGGACCAUGCUGCACAUCAUGCAAAGGCUCUUGGGCUAUCUGGUUCGAAGCUUUAG